GAUAGGAAGGAGUUGGAAAAACUAGACCUGUAAUCCUGGCUUUAGUAUUUGUAAGAACUAUUGGAAUCGCCCACCAACAUAUCUGUUUGUAAGCAUGCAAAACUCAAGUCAGUGGGCAGAAAUGACCAACAGCAGCGAGAACUGCAGUUUUACAGCCAUUGACAGCUUGGCACGGAGCGUGCAGCUGGGGCUCUCCAUCCCCACCUUCAUCCUCGGGCUGGUCCUCAACAGCCUGGCCCUGUCUGUGUUCUGCUGCUUUUGGAGAAGGCAGACCAAGACCUCGGUGUACAUGAUCAGCCUGGUGCUGGCAGACGUCCUGCUGCUCCUCUCGCUGCCACCAAAGCUGUACUACUCUGUCACCAAGGUGCCUGGGCUGCUGUGCUCCUUCAUACAGGCUCCUUACUUCGUCAACACCUACAUCAGCAUCUUCAUCAUCGUCUGCAUCACCGUGGACAGGUACAUCUGCAUAAGGCACCCCUUUGAGGGUCGAGCCAAGCAAUCCCCCAGGUGGGCUGUGGUGACUUGCUGCUUCAUCUGGGCAGCAGCUUGGAUCUGCAGCAUCCCAAUUUUUGUGUUCCAGAAGAAGGAACCUAUUAAAUGCUUUCACAACAUGUCAGACCAGACAUGGAACGUCCCCUUCAUUGUUUCUGUGGAAAUAUUUGGGUUUCUGAUCCCGCUUGCUGUGAUGGUUUUCUGCUCUGCUCAAACCAUCUGGAUUCUCCUGAACCACAAAACUCACGACAAAAAGAGCGUAGAAGAGAGCGGCUCAUUGCGAGUAAUCGUCAUCAACCUGGUGGUGUUUCUGGUGUGCUUCACACCCGUCCACCUUGGCAUCCUCCUGCAGUGCCUGGUGAGGCAGCACGUCAUCCUGGGCUGCAGGAUGAAGCAGACCAUCAGCCUCUUCCUCCAGGUGUCCAUGACAUUUGCCAACCUGAACUGCUGCCUCGAUGCCAUCUUCUACUAUUUUGCUGCAAAGGAAUUCUGUAGGAAAGCACAGCUGAAGAGGGUGAUUGAGCUGUGUCCUGUCUUUAACCCUUGCGCCGUGUGGUGGCACUGCCAGCAGUGGGAGAAUGCCCCUUGCCAGGACACUGACAGUGUUGUGCCUGACGUGGCAGGGACCAUGCCAUAG